AAGCAGCCUGUCAGCCAUAGCCUGUCUGCCGUCUCCCGUUAGCUGCUGCACAGCGUGUCAUUGGUUGUUAUGAAGUCAGAGGAGAGCAGUCUUUAGCAGCAGCUGUUACCCAGCGCUGCUGCUAAUACACACACACGCACACACAGCAGAGAACAACCAUCUUUGGUAAAGCAGUUUACCUCCCAAUGACUUACUGUAUGUCUCCUUAUCUUUCUUUGAAACAAUGUCAUAGCCAGUUCAGGCAAAAUAGACAACACAUAAGUGACAAUGUAGGACGUCUACAUUGUUUCCUCCUGUAGUAAAUGCAAAGAGACUCAAUGAAAUGUAACUUUAAAUCUAAUCUCACACUGUGAAACACAAUGUCAUCGACCCUCCUUGUUUAAUUUACAAAAAAGAGAAUGCCUGGAGUUAGACAACAUCGGCAAACAUCGGUUUCCACUGAAACUGCUGUUCAAGGCCCAUGCAGGCACUGUUACCACCUGAUAACAUUCAAGAUAAGUUCUCCACCAGAGAAUAUGCCUCAUGUGUAACAAGAGCAAGCUCAUAACAAACAAGUGCCUUUUGCUUCUGGUGUUGUUUUGUUUUUGAAAUGGACAGCAACAGUUUCCCCCAACUUUUUUUAAUAUAACCACCCACCUUUUAAAAAUGACCGAGUAUAGUGACCAAGUUCACGGCAUAAACCGCGACAACUGCAUAGUUGUAACACAGAGUAUUCUUUUUGCAAAGGUAAACAAGUCAGAUAAUUUCUAAGAAUUCCUAAGAUAAUGUAUGUGUGAUAAAUUAAGCACAGCUUCAUGUUAUGCAUGUUAUUUUAAUUGUUUACACAUAAAUCGUAAAGUGAUGCUGGAAACAUUUCUGUAAAAUGAUUUGGUCACCCUAAGAAAACAAACCAAGUUUACUGUAAAUCAACAUUUUAUUACUCAAUCACAUCUCUUUAAUUUCUUCUUGCUCUAACGUCGAGGAAAGUUCGUUCGCCCACUCUUCUGAGCAGCUGUUAAUCAGAAAUAUUGUAGACACUUGAAAGACGUGGCUUGGGGGCACUUUAAGAUGUGUUUAGUGUCAGUGUUGACCAAGGUAAUCUGCUAAACUGUACUGUGGCUAGUGUCUGGCUGAAGAGCACCGGUUUUGACCUGCUUUCUGAUUGGCAGAAGUUCAUAAAGCUUCAGCCUUUGUGCUCAGAGCGACCUGCAGUGUCUGCGCGAAUGUGUUGGGAGAAAUGUUCUUUUUACCAUAACUUCUGCUAACAAUCGUAUGUUUUCGCUGACCUUUGUAUGUCUUUGUGUGAGCAGCAUAACAUAAAAAGUAAUAAAGGAUUUCUAGACAUGUAUGGCCAAAGUGAUGACCAGUCGUGACGUUGGAAUCUGAACUCUCAUUUUGAAGCCUCGAGACUUGUGAUGUACAGUAGAAGGCCAUCGUGUUGAUGUCUGAAACAGAAAUGCACACAUUGGUUGUUAUGCUGGUGUCCACUCAUAUUUUCCUCUUAAAUGUAACAUUAUUGACUAAUUUGACAUCAUGUUCGCUAAGUAACUCCUCAGAAAAUGUUUUACUGACACUAUUAAUCAAGCGGGAACUGGGCUCACAGAACAGUUCUUUUUGCAACCAGCAGCGUCACCCCCUAGUGGAUAUUCAUUAUAUUCUUAUUUCCUGGUCGGCUUCAGGAGGAAAUCGGGGCACUACCAUUUUUUUUACAUGAGAAAGAAAGAAAUGCUUAGGUUUCAGGAUUUAAAAAAAGAAAAAAACUGUUGACCUUGUGAGAUCAGGGAAUUUUUUUGGUUGGUGUUAAAAUAAAGGUCUGCAAAUAUAGGUCUCUGUUGUCAUUCAAAUGAAGAUAUUAAUCUGAAGCAUAAAAAACAAAAAUAUUUUUGUUUUUAAUUUAGUUUUUUAAAUGCUUUAGAUUUUGAUGCACGGUCUCGCAGUUCCCUCAUCUACCCAAAGAAUGUAGCAUACUUGUACUGCAUUUUGACACCAUUUCCAGUAUUAGGUGUGUUUUCCACUGUAUUGUAUAACGUUGUCAAAAGUAGAUGUGUAGUUGGUCACUGUCACUAAAGCUGAGUAUGUGAACAGGAAGCUUAACUUUCUGUGGUUAGCCAAGCAUUUGCUGUGCACUUGGCUGCAUACAGGAAGCUGCAAGUGUCACUCACACUGCUCUUCAGGCUGAAAACAUUUGCUUUGUCUGGGAGGCUUUUUCUACUUGCACAUCAAGAAAUUUGUCUGAAAAUGGCCCAGGGAAAGGAGCAAUCCUUCGCCAGCCGUUUAUUUCAAAAGUAUCGCAAGAGUAGCCUCGAUCAGAGAGGACAAGAGAGUGAUGUGCCUCAUAUCUCCGAGUUCACCAUCAUGUGGGAUAAGUUGAUGAAAGAGUUCUUAGCUAAAGCCAAAGAAGAUUUUUUAAGAAAAUGGGAGUGUCCACCACAGAGCACAACAGCCCUGGAUGACUUUGAUAGGUUUAAGACUUUGGGCACUGGCUCAUUUGGACGAGUUAUGCUCGUCAAACAUAAAGGAACAAACCAGUUCUACGCCAUGAAGAUCUUGGACAAACAAAAAGUGGUUAAAUUGAAGCAGAUAGAACACACACUAAAUGAAAAGAGAAUACUACAGGCCGUCUCCUUCCCCUUCCUCGUCAGAUUGGAGUAUGCUUUCAAGGACAACUCAAACCUCUAUAUGGUGAUGGAAUAUGUCCCUGGUGGAGAAAUGUUUUCACAUCUCAGACGCAUCGGAAGGUUCAGUGAAAACCAUGCAAGAUUUUAUGCAGCUCAGAUCGUGCUCACCUUUGAGUACCUUCACUCUUUAGACCUCAUCUACAGGGACUUGAAGCCUGAAAACCUGCUCAUAGAUCAACAUGGGUACAUCCAGGUCACAGACUUUGGCUUUGCCAAAAGAGUAAAAGGCAGGACCUGGACAUUGUGUGGAACUCCGGAGUACCUGGCUCCAGAGAUCAUCCUCAGCAAGGGCUACAACAAAGCUGUGGACUGGUGGGCACUUGGAGUUCUUAUCUAUGAAAUGGCUGCUGGUUAUCCUCCUUUUUUCGCUGAUCAGCCUAUCCAGAUCUACGAAAAGAUUGUGUCUGGCAAGGUACGAUUCCCCUCUCACUUCAGCUCCGACCUGAAGGACUUGCUGAGAAACCUGCUUCAGGUAGACCUGACAAAGAGAUUUGGCAACUUGAAGAAUGGCGUGAAUGACAUCAAAAAUCACAAGUGGUUCUCCACUACAGACUGGAUCGCAGUCUACGAGAGAAAGGUUGAAGCUCCCUUCUUGCCAAAGUGCAGAGGUCCAGGAGAUACAAGCAACUUCGACGACUACGAAGAGGAGGACAUUCGUGUCUCACAAACGGAAAAGUGUGCGAAAGAGUUUGCUGACUUCUAGUGAGUGAGCAAGAGUCCCAGCAGGGCUCAGGUGUUUUAAGGAUAUUUGCACUCUCCCGGGGGUUAAGGUGGAACUGUGGCUGUCACACUUUCAAUACAAAAGCUUCAUUCCACACAGCAGAAUGAGGCCCUUCUUGCCAUGAUCCUGCGUGCAGUUAGCACUAACCUAUACACAGGCACAUUAUGCAGACACCCUUUGUGCUGCGACACAAAAAUACAAGACCACUUCCUCUUGGGUUUUUUUUUUUGUUAUUCGUUUGCCACGUUUGUGUGUGUCCCCCACCACCUUUUUACUCAAUUCAAAUAAUUUUUUCUCCCAAAGCUUCAUGAGAGCCACUGCAAUUUCAAAUUUUAAAUGGCACAAAGAGUGAUCAAUUGUAUUAGCUGGCGUUGCACUUUUUGUGAUAAAAGCUUUAGGAGAAUAGAAGUUUUUGGUUUCAUAUUUUGACAAUGAAUUUUGCCAUGUCUGUCGUCUGUUACAGGCUUGAGUGUUUUUGGGUUCCAUCAAUUGCUGACUUUAACAGAAACCAUUACUUAUCCAUUUUGGUGUCCUACAACCUGCAUACAUACGAUACAUACAGUUUAAACCCUUGUCUCUUUUUUUGUUUUGUCAAAGCAUGACCAAAAUUCAGUCAAAGACUGUGGUGCUUGGUGAACGGAUAGAAACCCUCCAGGUUUCUGGUUUUCAGCACUUCCAUCCUUGAAGAGACUGAUUAACAGUGACAGGUGUUGUUGUGAAACAGAAGCUUGUCAGGCGCUGUAUUAGUUGAUCAGUUGUAGCAUUGUUUUUGUCCAUAUCUUGUCACAGAAUAUUUACUUUUACCUCAGUCAAGGUCUGGUAUUAAAUGAAUGGAAGGAAAUAAUAUUUUUUCAGGUACAGCUGUUGCUCUAAGAAUGGAAACUGCUGAAGUUUGAGUGUGUGUGUGUGACUCCACACAGCAGGUCGUCUGUCUUUGGUAUGUCCGUAAAUGCAUGAAGUGCAUUGAUGUGGUGCAUUUUUCAGAAGCAGAGUGGUCAAUUUCUAGAUUUUCAUUCAGGGGGCAUUGUAGUGGAAACAAGGCAGUGUUGUCGCAUGGACUUGUUUUGAAUUGCUUUUUGAUUUUGUUUAUAAAAGUUAACUCUGCUUUAGCAGAGCACUUGGACGACAUUGUGUAAUUGACAUAUUUGCUUCAUUUUCAGUUUUACGCUUGCAUGUUAAAUAUUUGUACAUUGGUGUCACAACACAUAUGCUGUAGUUUUUCAUUUCGUAACCGAUGCACUGGGACACACAUUAGACUUUUUAUCUGAGGGACGUAUUCCAGUUAACACAAUACUAAAACAUGAAAUACUCUUAAACUAUAAAAUAACAACAUAACAGUCACUGCAGUUAUACACUACAGAUCAAAAGUCCGAAAACACCUCUGUUUUACCAGCUAGGUCUCUUCUAACCCUAGGUCUCCCUAACCAACAGGAUGAUCGAAGUUAUGAUCUAUCAAUUCUUUCUUUCUGAAGGUGUGACGCUGGCAGAAUACGAAGUGCAAAAGGAGGCAGAGCCCACGCACUAACCCAUCUGUCUUUGCUGAGGGAAUGCUGUAAAUUCUUAAUCUCUGAAAAUCCAUAGCGCAAGCUUUAAAACGAAAACAGCGCGGGCAGUCGAACAGUUGCUUUUGUACAUUUUAAAGUUGUCAGUAAAGAUAUAGAUUUAAAACUGGAGAAUGUUGGUGUUUUAGAUAUUUGAUCUGUAGUACAGUAGUCUUUUUUGCAUCAUUUUCAUUAAAUCAUCAUCAUUAAGAAAAAAGCACACUGUGAUGUAGCAUAAUUUAAUCAUUCUUCCUCGCAGAAAGGAACAAUAAUGGACAAAUUGCCAUAGUCUUGUCUUGAAGGGAAUAAGGAGUCUCGAUUUUCAAGAUUUGUUUUUUUUUUAUUGUGUAUUUGUUUGUGCUUGGUUGUUGUCUCCACAAAAUAUAUUAGUCUUGCUCUUUUAUUCUUUUCUCAGCACCAGUACUUUCCCAUUAAUUUCUGACACGUUGCCCGUCCAUGCUGCUGUAAUGAACGUACCUGUAAACUCCUCACCAGCUCCACAGGUUGUUGUAUUUCAAAUACAUGUACUUCCAUAGUGAGGGAGAUCAGAUUUAGGUCAUUUCUGCAGGUUGGACUGCUCAGGAUUGUGCUGAAAUGUUUGUCAUUCGUCUUGUUGGAAACAAUUAUCCAUCGUCAUCUCCUACGUUUUUCAGACGUUUAAAUCAUUAUUUGACACGGUGCUCAAGUCUUUGUAGAUGAGAAAUCAUGCAAUUUGUUCAAGUUCAACAAUCUUAGAACCAAAUGUGAAAAGGGACUGAAUGCUUUUUUGAGGCACUUACUGUCUAUAACCUGGAAUUUAACAUCUUGUCAUAGUUAAAGCAAUUAAUGACAUUUUACUUAGCCCUCAUUUCAAUUCAAAUGGCACAACUGAUUCUAAUAUUUAAUUUAUAUUUUGAGAUGUCUUCUAAAAUAACAUUUUAACUGUUUUAGAUGUCGCAUAGUUCUCAAUGUAUAAGGAGAUUCCAAAUGUUUUGUUCUAAUAUUGGAUGUUCUAAUAUUUGUUCUAAUAUAUUUGUACUUCUUUUUUUCCCCUUAAAAGAAUAAGAUAUUUAUAGAAAUAAACAUAUUUACAAACAGAUUAUACAAACUGAUGCCUCAUAUGCCUCUUGACAGUUCUAUCCUUUUACCUUGUUUAAUUUAUUUUGUUAGAAAAUCGAUUUUAUUGAAGAGGGUGAAGCAUUAUUUUCCCAGUUUAAAGGUUGAACAGAAUGUGAGCACAGACUCAAUGUUUUUGUUGUUUUGUUGUUUUGGACGAGAAACUUUGAAAACUAUACCUGGGAAUUCAGCAUGUUUUAGUCCAAACUGCCUGUGUGUAAAUCUUUCAAGAAAGUGUGUAGGAAAUCCACCGCUCUUCUCUAGGUGUCAUUUAACUUUCCCUUAUGUGUAAUAAUGUUUGUCAUGUUUGAUGUAAACAAUGGCACUUUUCCCUGAGUCACUCCACACUCCUGAUUGAAGGAAUCCUUUUUUUCUUUUUUCUUUUGCACAUCAUUUAGAAAGCUGACAGGUUUUUUUGUUCUCACCCAUAUAUUUACUUGUGUUUGCAAGGAGAAUAUACUUUGCUGUAGCAGAUUUUAUGUAACAAAAGAUAUGUCACUAUAAUAAAUCAUUUUUAUUAAAAA